AUGCGCGCCUCCUGGACGCCCCUGGGCGCGCCGGCCUACGGGUCCGUGCUCGUCGUCGGCGACGUGACCAUAUUGCUGGACUGCGGCUGCGACGUGGGCUUCGAGGAGGCGUGCUUCGAGCGCAUCGGCGCCGUCGCCAAGGACGUGGAUCUGGUGCUCAUCUCGCACCACGAGCUGCGCCACCUCGGCGCGCUCGCGGCGGCGAAGGCGCGCUACGGCCUCCGCGCGCCGAUCUACGCGACGUUGCCCGUGACGAAGCUCGGCUUCGUGACCAUGUACGAGGCCUGGGCCGGCUACCGCGCGUCCUUCGGCCGCGACGCGGCGCGGUCCAAGUUCACGCUCGACGACGUCGACGCGGCCUUCGGGAAGAUGCGGCCGCUGAAGUUCGACCAGCCGCUGUCGCUCCGGGGCAAGGGCGCGGGCGUCGUCAUCACGGCGCACCGCUGCGGCCACAGCGUCGGCGGCGCCUACUGGCGCGUGCGCCUCGGCGCCGACGACAUCGUCUACUGCGUCGACGCGCACCACGCGGACGAG